AUGAAAGCAAAGAAAUCUCAAAGAAAAACAGGCAAAAAACAAAACCUUAUCCAGUCUACAUUGCAGGUCAAUGGCGGUUCAAAAUCAAAUAAACUGGUCAAGUGUGAUAAAUGUGAGAUGUCAUAUUCCUCCACGUCAAUAGAAGAUCGUGCCAUCCACGAAAAAUACCACGCAUUACAACUGCAUGGACGUAAAUGGUCACCGAAUUGGGGCUCUAUAGCAUACACGAAGCGGGACCACUCGAGUACGAUGCAUUUAUCAAGAUCAAUGGGGACGAUGACUCCAUUGAACUCCUCGCCUUUGAAAAAUGGCUCGUCUAUUGUCCACCAGGAGGAGAAGAUUGUGUCUGUGAGACCAGAUAAAUCCAACGGCGAAGUUCGAGCCAUGAUGGAGAUAAUGACGCUAGUGAACAAUGAGCUUAAUGCGCCACACGAUGAGAAUGACAUUUGGAACAGUACCACAGAAGAGAAAGGUAAGGCAUUUGUAUACAUAAGGAAUGACAGGGCGAUUGGAAUAAUAAUUAUAGAGAAUCUGCAUGGAGGCAAUGGCAAAGCAUCCGAUCGUGGACGCUGGAUGGUCUAUGAUUCUAGGAGAUUGGUACAGAACGUGUACCCUGAUUUUAAGAUUGGCAUAUCGAGGAUCUGGGUGUGUAGGACAGCACGAAACCUUGGGAUCGCGACCAAAUUAAUCGAUAUCGCCAGGGAAAAUAUUAUUUAUGGCGAAGUUGUCCCCAGAAGCCAGGUGGCAUGGUCACAACCCACUGAUAGCGGCGGGAAGCUGGCUAGUAAAUAUAAUGGUGUGAUGCACAAGUCGGGCAAGUUACUACUGCCGGUAUAUAUAUGA